AGCGCGUCACUGCCGGGGCGGGCGCUGGCGCUGCGGGCACCGCGCUAUGGCGAUCUUCAGCGUCUACGUGGUCAACAAGGCGGGCGGCCUCAUCUACCAGCUGGACCACUACGCGCCCCGCGCCGACACCGAGAAGACGUUCAGCUUUCCGCUCGAUCUCGUCCUGCGCCCGCACGACGAGCGCGUCGUCGUCGCCUUCGGGCAGCGGGACGGCAUCCGCGUGGGUCACGCCGUGCUCGCCAUCAACGGGGCCGAGGUCAACGGUCGCUUCACAGCGGACGGGAAGGACGUGCUGGAAUUCCUCGGUAACCCCGCCAACUACCCGGUAUCCAUCCGCUUUGGCCGCCACCGGCUCUCCUCCAACGAGAAGCUCAUGCUGGCCUCCAUGUUCCAUUCGCUGUUCGCCAUCGGAUCACAGCUGUCACCUGAAGUUGGGAGCUCCGGGAUCGAGAUGCUGGAGACCGAUACCUUCAAGCUACACUGCUUCCAGACGCUGACAGGGAUCAAAUUCAUGGUUCUUGCUGACCCAAGGCAGACAGGGAUAGACGCUCUUCUCCGCAAAAUUUAUGAGAUUUACUCAGACUUCGCUCUGAAGAAUCCUUUUUACUCCCUGGAGAUGCCAAUAAGGUGCGAGUUGUUUGAUCAGAACUUGAAACUUGCUCUGGAGGUGGCAGAGAAAGCUGGACCCUUUGGACCAGGAUCAUAGAGAAAGCCUCUCCUGUUGCAGAGAUUCAUUCAUCUGAACAGCGGGGCCUCUCUCUUCCCUGGAGAGCCUCUCACAAAGCUCCCCUCUCCACAGCAGAGAUUGCACACCCCCAAAACAUGCUUAUCCCUUUUGUUGUUAAAACUUACCUUAAACAGAUUUCCUUAGCACAGUUUACACUGGGCCACAGGGCUUUAUUUUGCUGUUGUAGCCCUGCUGCACUUGGGUGAAGGUGCAGGUCUGUGGUCCUACCACAGUGCUUUUCUUUCCUGUCAUAAACGUACACAUGUA